GAUGCAAUCCGAAGGCAACGCGAACCACUUUGUUAGUAUCGGGAUCAACUUCGGCUUCACGGUGCUGUGUAUUUUGCCGACGUGGAUUGUGCUCUCGGAGCUUGAGGGGAGUCAUGAGGUGCAGGUUAGGGAUGAGGAUGAGGAUGUGAAGGUGGGGCGGGAGGCGUAGGCGUCAUACAGCGGAGAUGUCCUACAGCGCAUAGUGUGCCUGUUGUUCAGCGUAAAAGGUUUUAUAUAUACCCCCUUUUUCUCCGCGAGAGUAGAGAUGACGAAUACAUUUAAUUCUGUCC